CACGUCCGCGGCGCUGCUCACUGCGCAGCACCAAACACCACCACCCCGGCGAGAGCGAGGGAAGCAAUCGGAGGAGGCAGGAUACAGAUCUUCGUCAAGACGCUGACGGGGAAGACGAUCACGCUCGAGGUCGAGAGCAGCGACACCAUCGACAACGUCAAGGCUAAGAUCCAGGACAAGGAAGGUAUCCCCCCGGACCAGCAGCGUCUCAUCUUCGCAGGGAAGCAGCUGGACGAUGGCCGCACCCUGGCCGACUACAACAUCCAGAAGGAAUCCACGCUUCACCUCGUGCUGCGCCUCCGUGGUGGCAGCAGAGGCGGCUACCCCCAGUACCUCGCCAUCGACCUCCGCAUCCUCGCGCAGAAGUACAAUGAGAACAAGUUUGUCUGCCGCAAGUGCUAUGCACGACUUCCCCUCAGGUCUACCAAGUGCCGCAAGAAGAAGUGUGGCCACAGCGACAAGCUGAGGAUGAAGAAAAGGUUCAUGUCUAAGUUUGCGAAAGACUCCCAAUGAGCAUUGAAAGGAUGAAAUGCGCAUAUGCUGAAUCAACCGCCUUAGGAGUCGUGUCAGAGUUAUCACCAGAGUUUAUGUUUUCUCUUAGUUGAAAGUUUGCUGCUGGAUUUAGAACCUCAUUAGUCCUUUGAACGCUGCGGGUUAACAAAUAUUAGUUUCUUGGGCAAUGAAUGGUGGUGGUGCUACUUCCCACAGAAUGUUGAACCUCUAUGGCUGAUGAGAACUGACCUAAAUGGCAUGUUAACAUUGCAGCGUAAACCUUGCUGGAAUAAAUUAAGUCUUGCUUGCUCUGCUA